AUGGUCGAAGCACGCGGAGUGCUAGACAUGCCACCACGGCGGAGCAGAGAUGCUCCAGAAACCUUCAAAGGCGACUACACCACCAUUCGGGACUUUAUUAUGGACUAUGAACAACUAUGCCGCAAGCACAACAUCGAUGACGACGCUGACAAAGUUUCCCUCAUCAGGAGAUACUGUUCUAGGUCGGUCAGGGAAGUGAUAGAGGGCAUGCUCUACUUCACUAACCCUGAUUGGGACAACUUCAAGAGAGAACUUCUGCGCAAAUACAACGACGACCUGAACGACCUCAAAUUCUCCCUUCGCGACCUUAGGGAGCUCGUUGCUCUUUCUAAACAAGACGCCAUCUCCAACAUCGACGAAUUCAGGAAUUAUGAGCGCAACUUCAUUCGCGUCGGCGGAUGGCUCCUAGGAAAAGGCAAGAUCAACGAACAACAGAGCAACUACUAUUUCUGGAAAGGACUACCCAAGACGCUGCGAAACCAACUGGAGCGAAAGCUCUACGAACUCUAUCCCACUGACAUUGACGUUACAGUGCCUUUCAAGAAGGAACGCAUCAUCGCCGCUGCUGAAGUACUCUUCCCUAGGAAUCGAUUCGACAUGGACGACUCUGACGACGAAGAAGAUCUCGGCUUCCUCAAAAAGCGAACGCGCUCUAGAAAACCUCGCCUAUUUGCAGGGUAUAACGACGACGACGACUCAGAAUCUGACACUCUAAUAGAAGAAUCAGAUGAUGAAGACCGCUGGCGAUCUCACCACAAGACCAAGAAGAACAAGACCAAGGACACCAUCGCAUCGGCAUAUCCACAGCAACUGGACAACAAGAAGCAGGAAGAAAGCGAAGAAGAUCGACCCUGA